UCCGACGCAGUCCUAGUUAACCUUUAAACUUGCAAGUACUUCCUUUUUCCUCUUCCGGGGACGGCGUCUGUAGGCAUUCAGAAUGGUCCAGCGUUUGACAUACCGACGUAGGCUGUCCUACAAUACAGCCUCUAACAAAACUAGGCUGUCCCGAACCCCAGGUAAUAGAAUCGUUUACCUUUAUACCAAGAAGGUUGGGAAAGCACCAAAAUCUGCAUGUGGCGUGUGCCCAGGCCGACUUCGAGGAGUUCGUGCUGUGAGACCUAAAGUUCUUAUGAGGCUGUCCAAAACGAAAAAGCACGUCAGCAGGGCCUACGGUGGUUCCAUGUGUGCUAAGUGUGUUCGUGACAGGAUCAAACGUGCAUUCCUUAUUGAGGAGCAGAAAAUCGUUGUGAAAGUGUUGAAGGCACAAGCACAGAGUCAGAAAGCUAAAUAAAGAAAUGAAGCUUUUUUGAGUAAUAAAACAAUCAAAGGCG